UAGUUUGUUGGGUAACAACCGGGACAAAUUUAGUUGUUUCCAUUGGCAAACUUUUGGCUAGCUGAACAAACUACAAUUAAGCAAAUUAAAAACUGUCCAUCAAAGACAACAUCUAUGAAGAAACACUUGUGAUUGUAUAUAAAAACCAGUUGUUGCCAGAUAAUAUGUAUGGUCAGCAGCAAUCUUGAAGAGGACUAUCCUUUCACAAAAGACACAUUAAAAGCCUAGGGGACGAAGUGAUGUAAAGCAAACAAACUUUGAACCAGUUUGAAAAAAUAAUCACAAUGAGACAUCCUCUCAAAUUAGUGCCACCACGCUGGUGGGCCAUAAUCCUUUGGCUAAGCCUGGUUCCAGCUUCCGUAUUUACCCUGCCCACCAUAGAAUCUUCAAAUGCGUUGAGAGCCAGAUUAUUACAACAUGUGGAGAGAUCAUAUUUCCAGCCACCAGCCUUAGAGGAGACCAUACACGAGGUGCAACAGAUUUUGAAUGGGGAUCCCAGUUUGCCACGCUUAACAAGAGGUGAGAUUGAGGAACUUUAUGAGAAAGUCACCCGUGAGGAAUACCAUAAAAGUAUGGAGGCUGGCGAUAAGAUAAGAGCUGAUAACAUGAGGGCUCUGAUGCUGGUUCUGCCAUACAACACCGACAACAAUACCGAAGAAAAUUUACAGGAACUUUUUACCCGCCCUCCCGUAACCAAAGUGGUGGAUUCCUACACUUCCCAUCAGCCUAUACAAUUUCUAACACCUUCCGGCCAUAACGAAGGUAAAUUCGAAAAUGUGGCUGUGGGUCCAGUGGAUGCCACCACCUAUAAACCCUCAUUUAUGAUGAAACCUCCAGCAAUGGCUCCUAAUCCCACAACCUACCAUCCUUCAAAUCCACCUCCAGUAUUGUAUCGCAUGACUCCCUCUCUAAAUAAUGAUCACUUGGCCAAUUUCAAACCCUUGGUUACUGAUUUGCCCUUUAAUCAUGCCUAUGGACCCCAAGACUUCUCCAACCAGACACCAAAACCAGGUCAUCGUUUUAGCAGCCAUUAUAGUGCCAAGGAUGUGGAAUUUCUUAAGCAGGCCUUGGAGAAAAGAAAACGGCCCACCAUUAAGCCCGUGGCUGAUGUGUUAGAAUCUAUGGGCAUUGUUAGCCAAACUCAAACUCGCAAUCGUGGUGGAGCAAGUUACGAUGAGUAUUAUGCCGCUGAAAGUGCUCCUGUUCCACAAGUAGUAAGUGUGGCUGAUUUGAAGGGUUUGCGUCCCCAGAGUUUGGCCCCUCAAAUCAAACCAGAUGCUUAUUCGAUGUUUAAACCUUUGAAUAUAGGAGAAGAGAUACGCGUCAAACCCGAAGUAGAGGGUUAUUUAACACGUUUUGGCAUUGUGGGUGGACGCAAGAGGAAAGCCAUUAAAAAGAAUGAGGCUUCUUCGACCACUCAAAAUGCCUUAGAGCAAUUGGGUGAAGGCAGUGAAAUAGCCACAGCCAAAAUACCUUCGGGAAGUCUAAAGGCAAAGAAAAGUGCUGCCUCCGGAAGUAGGGCAGAUGAGCUGAAUAAAUUGUUGGAAAAUCUAAGAGAGCUGGAACGUUUGAAUCUUAGCCCUAAAAUUGUAGCUACAACUCCCAGGCCCAGGCCCACUACCACUACUACGACGACAACAACAUCAACGACAACGACAACUACUACUACAACACCAAAACCACCCACAACCCCUGCCUUAAUUACCAACGGCGAUCCUUUGCUUAUUGAACCCAAGAAACCACGCAGGCGCAUAGAUCCCAAUUUUGAUAUAAACUUUGGCAGCCAAGGGAACCAGGAAACAGCAGCUCAAAGUGAUGAAUUAUCAAAACUGUUGAAAAAUCUACAGGAACUAGAAAAUCUCAAUGUGAAACCACAAAAUGCCUUAAAACCUGUCUCUUCCGUAAACAGAGGUGGCAAUGCUGCUGCCUCAAGACCAGUAGGGGUGGUAACACCAGCACCCCCUACAAUAGAGUCGCAAACUUUGGGCAAUCGUUUCUCACAGUCAGGUUUAACACCCCAACAACACCUAUUGCAACUUCAACAACAAGUGGGAAGAGGCAGUACUCAGCCGGAUUUGCAACAGCUCCAAUUGGUCUUACAACAAUUGCAGGCCUAUGAGAAGGCCAAUGCCAAGACUUCUAAAAAGCCCACUACUACCACCACUAGCAGGCCCUCCUCGCCCUUGGCUGGUUUAACACCACAACAACAUUUGUUGCUGCUGCAACAGCAAGCAGCAAGAGGACAAACUCAACCAGAUUUGCAGCAACUACAACAAGUGUUGCAAGAAUUACAGGCAUAUGAGCAAGUCAGUGUUAGAACUACUCAGAGGCCCACUACAACCACAACUACCCCACGCACUACCACCAGCAGAAGGCCAGCAGUAAAUGUGAAUGCCCAGUUGGGACCUACAGAUAUGUGGCAACUACGUCAGCUCUUGACCGAUGAUAGUCAGCUAGAGAAACUAUUUGAGCAAGCAAAGGCUAGACAGAAACCCAAAGCUACAACGACCACCACAAGUACAACCUCGAGACCAGCUCCAACAUUAACAGAUUUGGUGGAACUGCAAAAAUAUUUCGCCGAGUUGGAUAGAGCUGCAGUGAAGACUACCAGCACUACCACACCGGCGCCUACAACAACCACUAGUACAACAACUACCACUACUACUACAACACCACCACCACCACCGCCAACAACAACAACCACUACCACAACAACAUCCACUACUACAACCACGCCCAGACCCUAUACCACCCAUGCUCCUCCUCCUCUGUCUUCGAUAGAUUAUGAACCGCGACCCAAGAAACAAUCUGCCGACCAAGCUCAACUGGAGGAACUCAUAAAUCGCGUGCAACAAUUGGAACGCUUGAAUAGUCGCCCUGCCAAUUUACCCAGUCCUCUGGCAACUGAUACGCCUCUAUCUCCGCUCCUAGGAUUUACCACGCGCAAUGUCAAGGCACCCACCAAAGAUGACUAUCGCCUGCCGGUCAAUGACUUUGCCAAUCUGAGGAAUCUGUAUAAUCAGGUGGGCAAUGGCGAUAGAGGCCAAUAUGGCGACAUAGAAAUUUCAACCAAGGCUACAGCUGCCAAGGCCUAUGAGGAACAAUUGUAUGAGAGCACUACCAGGAGAUCCCAGAACUUUGCUCAGCGCAUUAUUGACAUAACCAAUGAUACCGGAUCCGGAAGCAGUUUGAGGGAAGUUGAUGCCAACGAAUUUGUUCAAUUGCAGAAAUUGUUGAGCAAAGUGCAGGAACUGGAGCGGGUACGCAUUGCCCUGCCCACUCCAAAUCCUAAUCCCAAGACGAAAAAUGAAAGAGAAGCCACUCAAUCGCCAGCACUGCAGAGUGCCGCCUCUCAAAGAUCACAAAAUGUACAGAAACUCAAUGGAGCCCAUAUUGUCUAUCCCAACAAGGAAGAGUAUUAUGCAGCAUCCGAAAAGGAUAUUCACACCCCCAAGGAAUUGAACUUCAAAAAGGUGGAAGAUCUCAUAAUGAAGGAAGCUGAAAAUUUGAGAUUGGAUUUGCCAACUUACAAGCAGACUUUAGAAAAACCCUUUGUAAAUAAGCAACAACCAGAGCAAACCUCCAGCGAGGAAUUGAGGGAAAUUGUUUAUGCCAAACCUUAUGUGGAGAGCAGCACAUACAAAGACCUACAGCCUCCUAUGAUCCAUAAAACGGUAACCAAGGAACCACCACGAUUUGUGGCCAAAACCUCUUCCGAGGUGAAUAAAGUGAAACAUGAAAAAUCCGAUUUGGAGGAGCUGCAAAAGCUUUUAAAUAAUGCCCAGGAAUUGAAGAAAUUAGGUAUCACCCUACCCAAGGAGUUGACGGAAAAGCUGGAAACUAAAUUGGAUCUUAACGGCCUGAAGGAUGUGGAACAAACACAACCCGAAGAAAUUAGCAAGGAAAAAUAUUUUCAAGAUAGAGAAAGACCAGUCUUUCGACCCACAACCGAAUCGCCAGAGGAAAAUGAGCCUUCGGAAAAAACUGCCGUAUUUUCAUUGACCACCAUGAAGUCCCUAACACCGCGCGAACCCAAAACAACUACAGAAAGUUCUGUGGAAUUGCCUGUAUUCAGUGCCACCAAAAUUAUAGAGGCUGCCAUUAAAAGAGCAGCCAACAAAAUAGGAGUCUCCACAGAGUUCCCUCAAGGCUUCCAACGCAGAAGCGAUGAGCAGGUGGAAGAUCUACAGUUUGAUGAUGGUGAUGAUAUGACGGCAGCUUUCAGUGAAUUCAAUUACCAAAUGGUUUUGCCCGAGCGAGAAGAUUCUGAGGGUGAAUUCAGUGAAAUGAAUUAUCAAACUGCUUUGCCAGAGAACACUUCAGAAGCCGAUAUGUCAUCUACUGAAAAUCCAGCCAAGGAUUUGGGUGAACUGCAAAGAUUGAUUAAAAACCUUGAAGAAUUGCAAAAGCUUAACAUAAGCAAUAAUCCAGAGCUUUUAAGAAAAGCUGAUGCUCAGUAUUUGGAAUCAUUGAAAAAAACACAAAGCCCCGAAGAUGAUAAGCUGAAGGCGCGCAGGCAAAGUGCUGAGACAACAGAAGCCACAACGGCGGCUAGUAGUGGCAAGAGUUCGACAGAAAAUCCCACCAGGGUACAAUUAAACUUAAAUUUAGAUGAGGUCAUGGAAUCUUCCUCUAUAAAAACAAGCACAGAAGCUAGUUCAUCAAGUAGCACUAGCACCACCACAGAGGAGUCACGUAAUGGAUCUUUGGCCGAUUUGGAAGAUUCAUUUGGCCCUGAUCCCAACACUGAGGCACCACCGCCACCCAAAAAGAAAAAUGGUUUCUAUUUCCUAGCCGAUUGGAAUUCAUUCCUUGAGGUGGGCGAUGGUGAUGAUCAAGUGGUAGUUAGGCUAAGUCCCAAAAUAGGGGAUCCUAGACUAUUUUUACCGGUAAAGAUACCUUAAAAAGGGGUCCGUCCUAAAGUAAUCUAGUUAAGCACUUGUAAAUAUUUCAGCAAUUUUGUGUAUAAGCUUAAAUCCCACAAAAGAAAACGAGUUGCCAAGGAAAUGAAAGGGUCCUUUUCACCAAGGGAAAAAUGAUAAAAUUUUUAAGAAGUAGAAUGAUAAGUAA